AUGGCGAAUAAGCAAGCAAACAAGAAAAUCCCACAUAAUCAAAGCAGAGAUGAGCAUGCUCAUCCAGCAGAGGAGCUGAGCAGUACAGAUAGUGGACUGGGACCAGAACAGAUGCUCUCUUUCCUAAGUGGCAUGGACCGAGCAGUUGUAGGAGGGACCCGCACCAUUGCGUCUAUGAGAGCAGCCACCCUGAAACAAAGCUGCUUACACAGAGAGCAGAGCCUAGAGAAAAGUAUCAUGAAUCUCUUGAUAGAGCUGCCCUUAAAAACUUACCGAGGUGGGAGCAAUUUAAGUCUUAAUAGUAGCUUCCCCACAUCUUUUUCAGGAUCAUUGGGGGAACCCUUCCCAGUUAGCAAAACAGGUGCCAGACAAGGAUAUAAAGACACUGUUUCCCAAGUGGAGCCACUUUCCAGCAUCAUGAAAGGACUGAAAAAGAAGAAGGAUCAGGAUCGUUCCCCAAGGAGAUAUGGCCACGACACAGUGGCAGACUUGGACCCUCUGUCGAGGGGUGAUCAUCCUCCCGAUAAGCAGCCAGUCCACCUGAACCGGUCCCUUGGAGGUGCUCUGUUUGGUCGGACUAGACCGGAUGUUUUCAAAAGCAAUAAAGAAGUCGGUCGUCUGGGCAACAAGGAAUCUAGAAAGGAAAUUGGCCGGGCCGAGUCAGGGAAAAAGGAUCACAUGGCCAUCCCAGGAGGGAGUCGGUCUGUUCUGGCAGCUUCCCGGCUUCCAGGUGUGAAAGAGGAAGGUGAGCCAAGAGGAACUCCUGGGCGUCAGAAUCACAGAAGUGAGAGCACAGACAGUCUUGGGGGCUUCUCUCCCUUUGAAGUCACAGCGAUCCAGUGCAAGAACAUUCCCGACUUUCUCAACAACAGGAACUUUCUGGAGAAUCACUUUGGCAAAAUUGCUCAAGUGCAGCGCAUUGACACCAGGCGCAACAAACACCUCGCGGUGGUGUAUUUCUUUGACCAUGCUUCUGCAGCCCUGGCCAGGAAGAAGGGGAAAAAAGGUUUGCCUGAAGAAACGUCUAUCUUUUGGCACAAGAAGGAAAUAAGUCCCAACAAGAAACCUUUUUUCCUCCAGGAGAAGAAACCAGGUGAGGGUGAGGCUGGCCUGGGCACCGAGGACACAUCCUUUCAGCACUCCCCCCUUGGCAAGCCCAUGGGGAGGACUGCAGUCGGCAGCCUCAUGAAUAAAAGCUCUCCAGGGAAGAAGUCAGGCUUUCUGAAGGCCCACCUGUUUGAAGGAGACUCUUUUGACUCGGGCUCUGAGGGUUCUGAGAGUCCUGGGCUGUGUGUGUCCUCCCUCCGUGCGCUGAUAGGCACUGUGGCCGACACAUCUAAGGAAAAGUACCGCCUGCUUGAACAGAGGGACAGAAUCAUGAGGCAAGCUCGGGUGAAAAGAACCGACCUGGACAAAGCAAGGACUAUUGUUGGGACGUGCCCUGACAUGUGUCCCGAGAAGGAGCGGUACAUGCGGGAGACCCGGAGACAGCUGAGUGUAUUUGAAGUGAUCCCAGGAACUGACCAGGUGGACCACGCGGCAGCUGUCAAGGAGUACAGACGCUCCUCGGCCGACCAGGAGGAGCCCCUGCCACAUGAGCUGCGGCCCUCAGCAGUGCUCAGCAGGACCAUGGAUUACCUGGUGACCCAGGUGAUGGACCGGAGGGAGGGCAACCUGCGGGACUGGUAUGACUUCCUGUGGAGCCGCACACGGGCCAUCCGGAAGGACAUCACGCAACAGCACCUGUGUGAUCCUGUGACGGUGUCCCUGAUUGAGAAGUGUGCCCGGUUUCAUAUCCACUGUGCCCACUUCCUGUGCGAGGAGCCCAUGUCCUCCUUUGAUGCCAAGAUCAACCAUGAGAACAUGACCAAGUGCCUUCAGAGUCUGAAGGAGAUGUACCAAGACCUGAGGAACAAGGGCGGCUUCUGUGUCAGCGAGGCUGAGUUCCAGGGCUACCAUGUGCUGCUCAAUCUCAACCAGGGGGACAUCCUGAGAGAAGUACAACAGUUCCAUCCGGCGGUUAGAAACUCCUCGGAGGUGACAUUUGCUGUGCAAGCUUUUGCUGCAUUGAACAGUCAUAAUUUCGUGAGAUUUUUCAAGCUGGUCCAGUCAGCUUCUUAUUUGAACGCUUGUCUUUUACAUUGCUACUUUAAUCAGAUCCGCAAGGAUGCUCUCCGGGCACUCAACAUCGCCUAUACUGUGAGCAAAAAACGAUCCACCCUCUUUCCCCUGGACAGCGUGGUGCGCUUGCUGCUCUUCAGAGAUUGCGAAGAGGCCACAGACUUCCUCAACUCCCAUGGUCUCCCUGUUGCCGAUGGCUGUGUUGAGCUGAACCGGUCCUCGUUCUUGGAACCAGAGGGGUUCUUGAAGGCCAGGAAGUCGGUGUUUAUUACCAGGAAGCUGAUGGUGUCGGUUGGGGAAAUUGUGAAUGGGGGGCCGUUGCCCCCUGUCCCUCGUCAUACCCCCGUGUGCAGCUUCAACUCCCAGAACAAGUACGUCCGAGAGAGUCUGGCCGCGGAGCUGUCCCUGGGCCCUCAGAGACCCGGCUUGGAGGCAGCAGGUGGGGGGAGAGGAGAGGAAUGUGGUACUGAGGCGGCCGCGUCCCAGCCUACCCUCCUCCCGCAGCCUCUUCCCAUCUUGGCUCCUGCACCGCCCUAUCUGCCGCACCACCCAGCAGCCACCCGGAGUGCAACACCCGGCCUCUUCCAACCCCCCAUGACACCCCCUGGGCAGCCGGAGCUCCUUCCUGCAAAGCCUGAGCCUGUGCACUCUGACGCGGACCUGGCCCAGGUGGUGGAGCUUAUCCAGGAGGUUCUUCACUGUGAGGAGGUUGGUGCCGCUGGGGCGGCCUUCGCAGCCACAGCUCUGGGUGUUUGCAAUGCUGCUGUGGAGGAGUUGUUAACAGCUGCUACCACAGGCAUUUUGAGGAAGAUGGUGCCAAAAGUGAAAAAGGAAUCCCCUGCCCCUCCCAAAGCCAGAGUCAAAAUAAAGGCUUUGAAGAAUGAAGUGAUAGUUUUAGGCUCUUUACAUACAGACCAAACACCCAAGUUCCCCAAGGGAAUAAAUAUAGCCAGGAACAUAAAUCAAGCAUCCAAACAGAAAGAUAGCCAAAACCACACCCUAGCCUUGGUCCAGCUUGAAGCCUGUGUUGCCCCUGGCAAUCGAGGCUCCCAGAGCUUCCUUGAGCGGAGGCUACGCCGGCUGGAAGCAGUACCUCUGAAAAAAAGAAAAUUAGAAAGCCUUCUCCUGGACUGCAUCAAGACAGAAAUGAAAAUCAGAGGAGUCAUCUGGGAAGGACUGGAGCCCAACAGCCUCUGUCAGAGGUCAGGACUAGAGGCGCCUGGGAAAUGUGGAGUCUCCCAACAGGGACAACAUGUGGAGAAAGAAGUGGAGUAA